AUGUGGAUUACUUCAUUAAAUUCUUUAAGAUUUGUAAUUGAAGAUGAUUCAGCUUAUUAAUAAAAGUUCAGUUUGGGAAUAAGAGAAAAUUAUUAAAUUAUCGGCUAGGUUCUAACUAAAUUUGAAACAUUUAAAGUUUUAAGUAUAACAUCAGAAUUUGAAUCUAAAGACUCUGCUUUAUCUUAUUUAACACCUAUAAAUAAAUUUGUCUCUGAAAAUUAUUAGAUGAAAGGAAUUAAAUUAUAAUCUACAAUAUUUUUUUAUUANUAGUGAAUUAAACAAUAAAGUAUAAAACAAUGAAAAAUUAAUACUACAAUAGAAUAAAUUACCAAUAUCAGAAACAGCCUCUACUUAAAAAGAAUAGGAAUCUAAUAAUUAUGAAUCUCAAUAAGCAUUAACUAGCCGUACAUAUUAAACUUCUAAGCCUUCCUUAUAUUCUUACAGAGUAUAAUAGAGGAGAAAUGAUUAAUAAGGUUAAUUAACUUCACGAAAUAUUUCAUCAUAAGAUUAAAAUAACGAAUAAAUUAAUAACAAAAAUAUAUAAAAUAAUGAAUCUGAAAUCUAAUAGUAAGAUCCUAAAUUCAAAGUUACCCCACUCUCGUUAGAAUCAACAAGUAACCAAAUUUCUGAAAUCAUUAAAUUAGGAACUAAUCCCUCACCAAAAUAAACAUCCAAAAGAUCUAUAAAUGAAACAAGUUCUUUAAAUACUUAAAUUAAUUCUCUUCCAGUUUCACCUGUUUUAAAUAAUAAUAAAUUUACUAUCGAAUCGAAUUAAUCUUAAAAUAAUUUUCAAGAAUAAUCAAACAAUGAAGAAAUUAAAGUAGAUUCAAAAUAAGAAGUUCCAUAGAAAAAUACUUAUACACGAUUUAAUUACACUCAAUAAAGGCUAUAAUAGAUUAGAGGAAACUUAAUCUAAAAUAAUUAUAGAGGGUCAUUAAAUAAUUAUGGAGAUGAUAAACCUAUGGAACUUCGAUUAGAUAUCAAACAAUUGGAUUAAAAUUUUUGA